AAAGCAAGCAAGCGCGGAACGCAAUCAAUACGCUCAUAGAACGCGACGGUGCCUCGUGCGUGGCAGCUCCGGCCGAGCUUUCAGUCGGACGUACGGUCGCGACGAAAGCUCACGAAGCUCGCUCGCUCGCUCGUUCACGCGUGUCCUCCCGCGUUCCACAGUAUCAUCGGCAAGACUUACGGGAUGGUGGAGAUAUAGUUGGCAACAAAAUGGCGACCGCGAUACCAAACAAAUGACUUCCCGUGAAAAGCUCGCUGCAAGCUGAACGUGAUCCGUUGGCCCGCGAACACCAGCUUUCCCGAACCAGUUCGUUUGCAUGCCCGAGGAGUUCCACGCGAAGACGCGGCGCAAUCCGCGCCUAUGACAUUCGGUCAACCCUGACCGCGCCGUUUCGCCCGUGCAUGGGUGUACGCAAGAAAAGAAGGUGUCCACCGACUAAUUAGAGUCGCUUCUAAUACGCACCGCGACAAAUCGCUAUGAUGAUCGCCGAGUCAGUUGUCGCGUGCUUCGCCAAGAACGCUUGAAGGAUUUUGGCCGGGACACGAUCAUCGACCGGGGAUCUUCGGACUCGAGAAUACCAAUAGCGGACUAAUGGUGUUGGAGGAUCGCGUGCGGUGCUCCUUCUUACCUGAGUGACAAUCGCGUUGUCAGUGCCGGUUUCAAUGGCUUGACGAAUAUCUCAACGGCCACCGCGAUCCAGUAACGCGAUCAUGCAUUUGCAUUUCGAGAAGAACAAUGCCAAGUGCGACUGCAACAUCCUGUCGCUCAGCUGGAUGGGCAAGGUACCGGAUGAGUCGCCGGAGGACGAAGGAUGGAAACUAGACCGUACAAAUUACUAUCAGGAGGGAUGGUUGGCCACUGGUAAUGCUCGUGGCCUGGUGGGAGUGACUUUUACUACGUCCCAUUGUAGAACGAGGGCCACAGAAAUUCCGCUGAGGGCGAAUUACAACCUUCGGGGACAUCGCAGCGAAGUGAUUCUUGUGAAAUGGAAUGAGCCUUAUCAGAAACUAGCUUCAUGCGACAGUUCUGGCGUUAUUUUUGUAUGGAUCAAGUAUGAAGGAAGAUGGAGUAUAGAACUGAUCAACGACAGAAGUACUCCAGUCACGCAUUUUUCUUGGUCGCACGAUGGUCGCAUGGCUCUCAUAUGUUACAGGGAUGGUUUCGUACUCGUAGGCAGUGUUGCGGGUCAAAGAUAUUGGUCAUCGAUGUUAAACGACAAAGCUACUAUUACCUGUGGAAUUUGGACACCGGAUGAUCAGCAGGUGUAUUUUGGAACAACGGCUGGACAAUUAAUAGUAAUGGACGUUCACGGAGCAAUGGUGUCGGAAGUACAACUAGCAGCUGGGGUCACUUCAAUGGCUUGGAGUGCUGAGAAAUUUACCAUGGAAGAAGGAGACGACGAUUUAACGAAUGACAGAUCACACAGAGAUGACCGAAAUUACGUCCUAGCAGUGUGUCUCGCCGAUGGCAAUAUUGUAAUGCUGCGGUCUUUUGACGACGUAUCGCCCAUCACGAUACGGACGAAUCUAAAAGCGCCAUUACAUGCGGAAUGGAGUAAUUCCAGGAAAUUGUUAGCGAUCGCCGGAACGAAGGAUUCUGAUAGCUCUCAAAGUAACCCCCACGAAUACACGAAUCUUUUAAAAUUUUAUUCAGUCACUGGUACUCUCGUAUACACCACGGUGAUACCAUACACGCAAUGUCCAGUAUCGGCGCUCACGUGGGGGCACAACGAUAGAAGACUUUUCGUGGCGACAGGAGCACGUGUUCACGCAGCCUGGGUGUCAAGGCGAGUUGGUUCGUUGCAGUUGUUAUCCCGUUUAGCUGUGAGAGCAGCUUUAACAAGGGAAUCCUGUGUUCAACAGCUUCCAUUGCCACCAAGAUUAAGAGCAUCCGUGGCAGCUCUUUUCGCUAGUACAAUAAGAUGUUCUGUGCCAGAACCAAGGGAGCUAAGACGUUUCAUAUCGCGUCCACCUCCAGGAGGAGGAAGGUUGCACUGCACUAUGCUCAGACACGCAGUGGAACCAGUUCCAUGUUAUACACUAUAUUUAGAGUAUCUGGGAGGGCUGGUGCCCCUCCUAAAGGGUAGGAGAACUAGCAAAAUCAGGCCAGAGUUCGUUAUAUUCGAUCCGCAGAGUCAGGAUACUUUACAAGUUGUAGAAGAUACAUCACAAUGUCCGUCGUUCAGUGAUGGAUCCGAUACGGAAAGGGACACAGCCGACUUAUGCGGAUCGCCUAGAAACAAAAGGAAAAGUAGGAGAAAAAGAGAAGAAAAACCGAGCGAGGAGAACGAUGAUCUCACUUACGUGGACACUUUGCCUGAGCACGCGAGGCUCGUCGAAGUAACGUCGAAUAUCUGGGGCACGAAAUUCAAGUUUCACGGGUUAGCGGACUCGGUGCCCGCCAACUUGGGUCAAGUUACGUAUCGAACGUCGUUGCUGCAUUUGCAACCACGGCAAAUGACCCUGGUGAUGACAGAAUUGCGUGACGAUGUGCCGGCAGGUCCAGAUCCUACUUUCAAUCCUAAUUUGUUCUCCGAAGACGAAGAGGAAACGUUUCAAGAACUCCAAAGUGCUUCGAGGAGCACCCCUGACGCACAGCCUCCGCCUAUCGCACCAAUGACACCUCGUAACGCUCGGUUGAGCUCAAAUCGUCCUAAAUCUCAAAUUUCGAAUCAAUUCUUGGCCAGCGAAGCGUUACCCACUACACUGUCGAGGGUUGAAAAUUAUGAGAACGAGUUGCCCUAUGUGGAUUUACAGGAAAUGGGGAAUCUGUAUGACAAUUUGAGAACUGCCCCUGCAAACACUUACCGAACGCCACCGAGACACAAUCCGCCCAGAUGUUGCGACGUUCCGGCCCUUCAAUCUCCUAAGAAUGCAGUCGCCCCUACGCAAACGAUAAUCGCGACCUCGAACACAGGGACCGAUUACGCGAACAACAUUCAAAGAAUGAAAACUGUUUUGGCCGAUCAGCAGGCUGGUAUGGUCACGAAGAAAGAACUCGAGAAUAACAAGUUCAAUCAGAUAUCUCAGGACGAUAAAACUGUGCUAUCUCCCUGUUCAACGACAAUUAUUCCUAUGUCCAUACAUAAUGGUCAGACUUCGGGUACAGAAGCAUCGAGCAGUCGUGGCUGUUCCCAAGGUUCCAUCGUAAAUGGUUUGGAUAAUAAUAAUAGUUGUUCCCAAUCUCAGGCGAUCUUCCUUAAUGGUGUUCAGGAUAGAAAAAAUAGUCAUAACUCCGGCAGCGGUUCGGCAGCUUUAAACGGCCCUUUCAGUAAAAAUGGUAUACAUUUGACUAGUAACCAUUCCCCAGCGUGUUCUUAUCAAUUUCCAGAAAACAUCGAACAGUGCGUAGGACAGCCUUGUACGCAUUGUACCUCGAAGUUCAAAGACUUCAAAUCUCAUGAGUCGUGCGGGAAAGCAAACGCCAACUAUUUGGCCACUUGUAGUUCGACUAGCAGAGCAGAGGAAAUGCGUUUCAUCGAUGAUGAAACUCGCGGUGAAGCAGUGGCAUUGGAACAGUCUCGAGGUGUUCAUAGAACUCCGACGGUUGUCAGUAUCGGUCCCCUUUGCGUGAACGAUUCGAUAGUCAGAAGUUGCAGUGUUGGUUAUUUGGACAUGGUUGACGCCCAGUUAGUUCCCUGUGACGUUGCUUUAAAGAUGCUCAGAAAGGAGGCGCCCAACAAACGACUGGUUUUGGUGUCGAGGAAAACCAAGAGAAGAAAAAAAAAUAAAGCUCAACCCGAAAUAGUGCAGCAGACCUCUAAGUCGCCGAGGCUUCGUAACUGUGGUAAAUCCAGGAGUUUGGAUUCUAGCGACAUAUUUCCAGUGAACGAGCAUGUAGCCGCGCCACCAAAAUUACCAGAGCACGUUGAAGAGGCAAUAGGAGUUACUAAUACCGAAAUGGCUGAAGAUAAAAACAGCGAAUCGUUGGAGAAGACACCUGACGUGAUAGAGGGCUCCGUUCAAUGUGCGAAACGUGUCACUGUCGAUAACGUAGUCAAUUCUGCUAUUAAACCGAACCGACUGGAAAGUCCUAAUUCACCUGUAAGGGGCUCUAGUCCAAGCGGCUCACUGGCAUCAUCGUUGGAUGGACUUGCUGCUCGAUUGCGAGAUUUCGAUGAAAGUCACUCUUUGCCACCACCGUCACCUCGUCCAUCGUCUAGAUUGCCUAGAAGUUCUCCAAGUAGUCCAGCACCCUCAAAGAAGGGGAAAAGACCAGCGUCAGCUUCGCCAAUUAGGAGACGACUUCUAUCAAGUCCCUUAUUAAGCAGAAAAACACGAAAAAGCCGAGGUGAAAGUUCAGACGAAGAAGGCUUGCUUCCAGAUGAUUCAUCAAUGAACUACAGAGACCUCGAAACUUUCCAAAAGGCACAGUUACGUCAAAAGUUGAAACAAAAAGGAGCAGGAAUAUCUGGUCAUAAGUCGGAAGCAGCAAAACGUGAGCUUGUGAUGCACAAUAAGGCGCCUAUGUGGAAUGAAUCUAGUCAAGUGUAUCAACUUGACUUUGGUGGCAGAGUGACCCAAGAAAGUGCAAAAAAUUUUCAAAUAGAAUUCAAAGGCCGACAGGUUAUGCAAUUUGGAAGGAUAGAUGGGAACGCCUACACACUGGAUUUCCAAUACCCUUUCAGUGCAUUACAAGCAUUCGCUGUUGCUUUGGCAAAUGUUACACAACGGCUCAAGUAACUGACAGUUGUCACUACGCCAUUUCAUAGAAAUUCGCGUAAAAUCUGGAAUAGAAGUAUAUACCGAAAGCGCAGCCCGAGAUGUACGCUAUAACUAACACGAAAUAUUCGUCCAACAAUAAAAAGAAGAAAAAAUAGCAAGUCGUAGGGAAAUUAAAGCUGUAACAAUACGCUACACAUAGAACUACAAAGGAGUAAAAAGACAUCUUUAAAUACAGCUUUCGAGCGUGUAAUAGAGCCACAUGUCUUUCGAUUAUUAAAGCUAGUGACGGGCUAGAAUAAGACUUUAAGUAAACGAGUGACCGUUCAAAAAAAAAAGAAAGAAAAAGUCAGCCAUCGUCAUAAUAAAGGGAUUUUUGCAAAGAGAUAUUGAGCUGGAAGCAUAUGGCCUUGUGUGUAGCGUGAAAAAGGAGAGCAGAAUCUUCUUGGGGCCUUACGCGGGGCCGUUCGAACCAACGCCUUCAAUGCUAAAAAGUACUUCGAUACCAUUUGACUUCGCGGAUUUUUAGCGAGAACAGUUGUGAAAGCGAUUCGAACCUGAGCGGAAACAAAUAAACAUAAAAUGGAGUUUGUGGCUAGGGAACCGUGGUAAAAAAAAUAAAAUUUCGUUGAAUGCUUCUUCGCCGUACCGUCCAAAGAUAUUUCGUUUCCCCCAACUUCGAGUGCUCAUUUUUGUAUAGUUUAUGCGACACGUUGGAGUCUAGUAAUGCUGUUGAAAGUUCACCUCGUUCAUUUUUGCGGUCCGCCGGAUGUAUUCGAAUUUUAUAUACACGUAUAUGUAUAUUGACGGACUCGUACAUUCACGCGAGCGUUUCAUGUUGUUCGAUUAAAUGUUUCUUAACGCGUAUUUAAUAAAAAUAAUCGUAACACUAAAUGGUAAUUUUUAACGUCCGGCCUGUAUUCGUCCUCCUCGAAGCAGGGCUGACGCGACUGGAGUGAGAGGAAUAGAAAAUGUUUAAUGAAAGGGGAGAAAGGUAUUCGCCUGUAUGCCAAUGCGUGCACGCAUCAAACUAACUGUCGUGUGUACUUAACCCAUGAUCGUUGUAUUUCAUUCACCUAAUUGUAAGUAACGUGGAAGAUUAACGUCGGGCCUACGUGAGGAGCGCUAAAGAGACACUUUUUCGAAUAGAAAUGUCGAGAUUGGGGCGCCUGAAUUGAUUAUUAGAAAGAGGAUGUAACAGAAUCAAACUGAACUACUCGAGAUCCUUCUGCCAUCAUCAUCAUUGUACUAACAAGUGGCCUCGAUCAUACAGUUAAAAUAACAAUUGCACUAGAAGUAUGAUUAUAGUUUUUGUUGCUAUGUAGUUAUGACAGACUAAUAGUGUGAUUGUAUUUAUAAAUGCAUCAUUAUCAAUCCUAGAACAUACAAACAUUUGUUGAAUAAUAAGAGAAAAAGGAAAUCAUAGUAAGAGUGGAGGUUAUGCCAACGUGAUUGAUAAUGAAAGUACAUGAGGGAGACCCUGCACUUAUAAGAUUAUUUUGACUGAUUUAAUCAUUUCAAAUAUUGUAUUAAAUGAGCAUACAACUUUCCUUUAUCCUAGUCAUAUAAAAUGUUUUAAGUUCUUAUUAUCUUAUAAGUGUUAUCUCCAGGAACUAAUACAUAGUUGAAUAAAUGUUACUCAGUUACAUUUUAAGGUUAAUCGCGAUAUACUUUAUUCUACUGUUAUUCUCCGUUAAGCGAAACAAAAAAAUACAAUUUUUUUGAAAUCAGAUAUGAGAAGUUACCGAUGUCAAUUCUUUCAAUAGCCCGGCUAUAGGUACAUAGAAACCAACAGAGUGUCUUAUCUGAAUUGUAACCAUAAUUUUUCAGAAUUACUCAGAUUGUUUCAAUAACCUCUAACCAAGAUAAAAAUCUACAAACGUUUCAUAUAGUUCAUCUUAAUUUACAGAUAUUUUAGUACAUGCUGCGAGUGUUCAGGCUGCCCCAUACUCGUAAGUUAGCGAUAGACCUAUAAAUAUUUAUACACGGAUUGACAGUGUUACUGGCAAUAUACAUAUAAACCCGUUAGGUCAUACGAUUGCUUCCGUUUCUAGACAGCUAUGUCCAGUUAUGUCCCAACUUACUUAAUGUCACCAGUAGUUGACAGCACAUACCUACACAUUUCUAUCAACAAAGUUGAGUCAAUUUUUAGUUUACACACUGUUGCAUUUGCAUCGCGGAACAUGAACAACAAACUCAUGAGAAAAGUACAAGACAUCCUAUGGUUUGUGGUAAAAUACAAAAGCAUGGUCUUUCAAAGAUUAUUUUCGAAUUUAACAACAACACAUUUUUAGGGUUUCGAUCUGAUAAGUAUUAUUGUAAAUUCGGUUUAUAUUAAGUCAAAAAACAUUAGCUUAGAACAUAAUAUUGUACGUAGCUACUCGUACAAAUGCUUCCUUCAAACAUUAUUAUUUUGAAACACUUUAUGUGCCAUAUAUUUUACGAAAAAUACAAAGAAUAUCGUAUAUAAUAAACAUUAUAAAACAUAUUUUUAGUCAAAUAUUAGUCCAGGUUUUAAUAUAUCAGCGCCUUUUGAUUUCAAUAAUUUUUUAAUAUGUUGUUACGAGCAUUUUGAACAACUUUUUCCUUACGCAUCAUCUACGGGAAGUUCUAAUUUCCGAGAUUACCGCGAAAAAUUUUCGCUACCACACACUGAAUUCUAUAUCCGUAAGCGUGACAGUGACACUGCCACAAGCAUAGCCGCAUGCUCGUUACUUCGAUGACGACUUAUGUACAUCAGUGAGCCAUCACUAUGCUGAGAUUUCAUGUGUCCUUCCUGACAACGAUUCCAAUAGUUCCAGUCAACCAGGUAGUUUCAUAUGUUCUUUCGUAUGUAUAGGAAUGAGUCGCUUAACCAGGUAACUGCGUUUGUUGAAUAUACACGUCAUCUUAAAGCUCGAAAUGAUACUAAUUUUUUCAAUGAUGAAUUCUUUAUUUUUUCAGAUAAACAUAUUAUUCUUCUUUUUCAUUAAAAUACAUUUUAGGUGCAUUCGUCCUGCGUUUGACGAGUACACGCUUCAUUUUUUGAUUUUAUUGCGCGCAAAACAAGAGAUUUUUAAUAAAGAUCAGUAUGAGUGGAACUAGUUUUUUACAGACUGCGGGUACAGCUUUUAUUUUAUAAUUUCUGUAUGCUUGUAGCGUGUAACCAACGCAGUAGGUUUCACGUGUAUGGAAUACAAUGUAGUGGUAAUAAAAGUUUUCCACUAAUAUCUCGGAAACUAAAACCGGCCGUUAUUAACAUACAUAGGAAAACGUUGUCCAAAACCAUGACCCAAACAACAUAUUUCAAAAGCAUCAAAAUCGAUACGUAUGUAAUGUUCCGACAAGUUCACCAACUGUUCAAUAUAUUUUUAUAAAAUUUACGAAAUCUGAAAAUAAAUCUUUAUUUUAUUGCAUACGAGACUUUGAUUAUGAAUGGCUUUAACUACGUAGAAAUUAUUAAUAUUGUCUUAAUAAAAAUGAAAAUUUGAUAUAGAAAUUUAUACUGUAUAAUGUCUUUUGAUAAUAAUAACUUUUCAGAAUUCUUUUACAAAUAUACAUUGUUAAAAUUUGUUCAUUUAAAAUUAUAUAUUUUAUAAAUCGAAACUUAAUUAUUUUCUAUUUUAAAACUGUAAUUUAUAGUCGAAUAAUGAAAUUAUCAAAAAUUCGGUCUAAUUCUCUAUUUCCUUGAGAAUCAAAAUUUUAUUUUAAGUGUUUUACGUGUAAUUAGUAGAAAUUGAUUAAAAUUAUAAACAUGUUAUAAUAUACAAUGAACACGAAACAUUAUGUCACAAAAUUACAUUGUAAACUUUUGAUUUCUUUGUCAAAACAUAUAUCUGUUCUUUCUAUAUUUUACCGCAAACUGUAGGUACUCUGCAUAAAGAAGCCUUAGUUAUAAAAAGCAACGAACACCUAGAACAAGAAUGACGCACAUUUUUAAAACAUCAGAAUAGAUCGAGUUAAUCACGCAAUGUGGUUCGACAUUCUCUCAAGGUGACCAUGAGUUCGUACAUGAUAUAUCGGAGAACAUUUUGUAUAAGGUCCAUAUAGAGUUUCCCUUAUUUAUGAAGGCCGGAUGUGUACGAGGAGUCAUUUUAAGAAAAAUAAAAGAAGAAAAAGUUUAAAAAAAAAUGAAAAAGAAAAGAAAAGAAACAAAGAAUCACGUUAUAAUGAAAGUUCCACCGAUGGUUAAAUUUUCAUACUUGCACGAAAUUUUGAUAUAAAAAGAUCCGCAUCAAUGUGACAUAAUUAUUUUUAAUAUGCGUACAUCUUUAUUGCGCCUGCCGAACAAAACGGACUUAAGUCACGUAAGGAACAGAGUUUGUAAUAAUCAAAAACAGUUCGUUGCGCAUCAUCGUUUUCCGAAAGCUUUGCGAUUGUUAACCUAGGGAUCAAAUAUACUUACGAAUAGCACUGGUGACUGAGUGGGCUGAAAUUUAAAGGGUUGAGAGGGGAUGGCAGGUAGACCUUAAAUAUAAAAUUUUAACUUCGAGUACUUAUUAGUUUUCGAAAGUAUCAACAAAAACUUUCGGUACCAUACAUUGAGCUCUGCCUAUACAGAUACGAUUAAUACAACAAUCUUUGCUGUACAAUAGUAGUCAUUCUCGGUAAGCCGUUAAGCGAAUAAUGAUAUUGACCACAUUGCCUAUAAUUUAUAAGGAAUCAUGAAAAAUUGGUUAUUCUAACUUCAAUUAUCCAAGGCCUAAAAAAUGUUUUAAACUCUAUUUUCGUAUUCUACAAAUUUAAAUUUGAAGAAUUUUUGGCAAGUAUAAAAUAAAAGUGUGGGCGACAUCCCUCCAAAAAAACUACCCCCAUUAAUACGAGCCUUUGCUAUCUAAAUAAAACUCAUUGCUAUAUGUUAUAAGAAACGACAAAAACUUCGUGAAGAACUAAAAAAAUGUUUAUGCUAAAUGUUUAAAUAUUAGAUUGACUACCAAUGACAUUGCAGCUGAAGAAACGAUUAGAGCUAAUAGCUUGCAAUUGUCAAGGUUUGAGUCAAAGACUUUAAUAUUUGCAAGCAGAAAAUUAAUGGCCUUAUUAUUUAGCACGUGUGAAACAGAUAGGUUAAAUUUCCUUACGAUAAAAGUUGGGAUACCCUAUAUGAUGCUGAUAAUGAGACCGAUAUUGCUGUUGCGUCAUUAGACACCUGACAGUCGGUAAUAAUGAUUCCUACAGCGAAAACUAUUAGUCAUGUUUACAUAAACAGAAACUAAUAAAUUCCCGAAGUUAAAACUUCAUACUUAGGGACAACAAAUCUCAAUCCGAUCAAUCACCGGUAUCAUUCGAAAGUACAGCCUAGCAAUCAACACUGCGCUUAACAAUGAACAUUUAAAUUUUCCUUUAGAUUUAAAUAACAUCCACACAAAAUUAAGCUUUAGUCGGAACAAAAUCAAUUGACUGUUUAUCGUCAUUGAAGAAUAACGAUGUGCAUGUACUUACCUGAGAUUACAGAUUCGAGUUGAUAAAAAUUGAACAUACUCGAGUAAGAUCAAGAGAAAACGCAAAGUGUUUUUCUAUGUAGACAUAUAUUUACUUACUAAUGCUCGGGACUUUAAAACUUUUGUGUCUAUUAUAUAUGAUUCGAGUUUAUGUCUGCCGUGUACUGCAUCACGUUGAUAACAUGGACAUGAUAUACUUAGUCUUUUUAGAUAAUCAAGUAUUUGAAUAGCAAAUGUGUUUAAAAUCUUUACUUACAUGAAAAUUGCAAAUAAAAUAAUUUACUCGCGGAAAGAAUUCAUAUUUGUAAAACAUUUAUUCGAAGUGAACUUUAUAUUCUAGAAAUCAUUCUUCACUUGCAAAUAUGAUAUCUGUCUUUAAUUAUAUUUUUAUUCUAUAUAAGCAGUAUAUGUGUUCGUAUAAAAUGCAUGAACUAAAUUUUUGCUUAAUCAGAAUUUAAAAAUGUAUUGUAUUAAUAAAAUAUUUUUCCUAUUUUUUAAUAUUGCAAUACCUAGGUAUACUAUAAGAUUCAAUGAAGCUAAUACUUUAAUGAAACUGAUUUUUUAGUUACUUGCUUUAGGUAUUUGCAAUAUAUUUAUAAUUAUGUAUAGGUAUAAUGUCACCGUUCGUUGAAUCAUUCCUACAGGCUAAAGGGUGAAUGUAUACAUAAAAAAAUAAUUAUAAACUACUUAUGACAAAAACAGAAGUAUAUUAAGUGAAUGAUAACAAUUUGUUCGUUAAUAAUAAAAAAGGAACAAAGUUUUUACAAAAAUGCUAAAGCUGAUCUGCUUUAACGCUUUAAAUAUAAAAUAAAGUUUACUUAGUAUUAUGUAGACGAUGCUCACUUUUAGUGUACGGUUGAUUUUAAGCAGUUAAUUGAAUUUGCUUCGACUACAUUCAGUUUUGCUCAUUACUAAAUGCUUAUUUGGCAAUGAAUACAGUGCCUAUACACGUAUAUAUGUGUAAUCGAAUGGAGUGAUCUAUGAAUUACAAAAAUAAGUAAAAAGUAUGAUAUUGUCGGAUGCCACAGGAUGCUAUUGUUAUAUAGCAAUUGUUAUUUCACCAUAUUAUAUACUUGCAUAAAACCUAACUGAAGCGUUUGUAGGUAUUCGCGGCAACCGUGACUGACAGUUCGAAAAUGUUCGGCCUAGCUCAAGUCAAUCUAUGUAUGUUGAUCCAUAGGUGGUAGUCUUUCUUUUCGUUGAUAUAUUCAUAUAUAUUAUGUUUCGUUUAUUUAGCGUAAUAAUUAAGAAUAUGCUUACAUAUAUGGAGAGAUAAAAAAAACGCUAUGUCACGUGUGAACAUUUGUGACUGGGUAUUAUAUGAUAACGACACGAUAUACAUAGUGUGCAAGUCGUAUCAGUAUUGUUUUUCUCCAGCGAUGAGAUUGUUGAUUUGUCGUCUUAGUGCUGAACAAUCAUUCUGUAUAUGUGCAAACAGAUUUUGUUACCGAGUACAUUGAUGAUUAUCAGACAUUUGUAAAUAAAGAAAGAAAUUCUACACGUCAAUUAUAUUUUUAUUCUUCAUUGUUUGUAUUCUGUAAUAUGUCGCGAAACUUUCGUUUCCAUUCAAAAUUUUCUAUCCACACAAGAAUUAAUACUUAUGACCACCAUUUCUUUCUCGUAAUUGUCCAAUAUUAACUGUCGAGGAAGACAAUUUUUACUUCUUUUUGCAAUUAAUUACUAUAUAAUCAAUAAAAUUAAUUGAGAAGAAUGGUAAUAGUAUUAUAAGCAGCUGCCAUCGCCUAUUUUUAUAAAAUUAAACAGUGUUGCAGAAAUCAACGUUUUAAAUAACUUUUAUCCUUUGACAAAAAUAUCGCUUUCAUUUCAUUUUCAGGAUAAUUACGAAAAACUUUGGCUACAACUACAUACAUUAA